AUGUCUCUUCUUCCAAACUGGAGUGACAUUAAUCAUCGUAUUCAUUAUGAUUUUGUCUUUCUAGAUGCCGCGUCUGAAGGCGCAGGAGUUGGUGGUGACGGAGGUAUCAAAGCAGGUUUAGAUCUUGGUAGUGGAGCAGGAAUCAAAGCGGAACUAGGUCUUGGUAGUGGAGCAGGAAUCAAAGCAGGUCUAGGUCUUGGUAGUGGAGCAGGAAUCAAAGCGGAACUAGGUCUUGGUAGUGGAGCAGGAAUCAAAGCAGGUCUAGGUCUUGGUAGUGGAGCAGGAAUCAAAGCGGAACUAGGUCUUGGUAGUGGAGCAGGAAUCAAAGCAGGUAUAGGUCUUGAUAGAGGGGUGGGAAUCAAAGGAGGUUUAGUGAUUGGUGGUGACGGUUUACGAACUGCACGCGAUAUUUUAUUAGCGAGACGAUUACGUCGUUUACCGCGUGGUUUAAUCCGCUCCAAAAUAGAUGGAGGUAAAAUCCGUGGAGAAAUAAGUGAUGGUAGUGAAAGUUCAAGAACUAUUAAAAGAGAAGUAAUCAUAGAUCCAGGUCAAGAAGAUGUUAAAGAAACAACGCAACGCAAAAGAAUCGUCAAAACAAGAGAGAUCAAAGACGUUCCAGUUGAAGAUGAAUCUUCCACAGAAACACGCAAAAGGACAAACAAGAAAACUACUAUUGAUGAUGAUAGUGACAGUGACAGUGGUUCAAGUUCUGAGACAAAGAAAACUGUGAAAAGAUCUGUUGUAUCUAGUGAUGAGUCUUCGUGA